AUGGCGGCCGGAGACGACUCUGACAUUCCAGAGACCGGUGCCGUGUUUACAUUUGGUAAAAGUAGAUUUGCAGAAAACAGCCCAAGUAAAUUCUGGGUGAAAAAUGACAAAGUCUUACAAGUCGCAUGUGGAGAUGAACAUACUGUUCUUAUUGCAGAGAGUGGGCGUGUGUUUACCUUCGGGCUCAAUGACUGGGGCCAGCUGGGAAUUGGUAACACCACCACAAUGCUCAAACCCACUUGUGUCAAAAAGCUUAAACAUGAGAAAGCUGAGCAUGUAGCCUGUGGACGUAGUCAUACUGUUAUAGGCACAAAGAGCGGAAAAAUAUACUCAUUUGGAAACAACGGUGAAGGGCAGCUUGGAGUAAACGAUGAUUCAGUCAACAGCAGUUCUGACCCAGUAGAGGUCAAGGGACUUGAGCCGAUGAAAAUCAAAAUGUUGGCUGCUGGUGCUGACCACACAGUACUUCUUACCCGUGAGGGUGAGGUGUAUGUGUGGGGCGGAGGCAGCGAAGGACAGCUGGGAUUAGGGGAUGAAGAUGAGUGUCAUAAACCUACUCUGUUAGAUGUCGACAGUGAAGUCAUCUGUAUAGCAUGUGGGUACUACCACACAGCCAUGGUUACAGUGACAGGUGACCUGUAUAUGUUUGGGGAGAAAGAUGGAGGAAAGCUUGGUCUCGGUGAAAACAAAGGGGCUGACGUCCCAACAAAAGUCACCAUGCCAGAGAAAGUAAAGAUGGUGACAUGUGGUGGUUCACACACAGUGGUGCUCACAGUGAAAGGAAAUUUGUACUCAUUUGGUGACGGCACUAACGGUCAGCUUGGUCAAGGCAACAGGGUUUUACAAGAGUUCAAGCCUCAACUGGUCAACCUCAGGUUCAAGGUCCUGUACACCGUCUGUGGGGAGAACCACACAGCCGUCAUAUCUGAGAAGCAUCAACUGUACACCUUUGGAGAUGGCCGACAUGGCAAGCUUGGUCUUGGUCAAGACACAAUGUCAAACAUGUUUACUGCUACGAGAGUGGAUAGAUUCAAAAAAUUCAUUGUUGAAAAUGUUACCUGCGGAGGAUGUCACAUGAUCGCAAGAGCACACAAAAAAACGCAAGAUGAAAUGAAUGAAAGUGAUGACGAAGAUGCAACAUUAAAUGACUUAGAGAUGACAAAAAAUAAAUUAAAUAAUUCCAUUAAACCAGAUGGGUCUAUAGACCUAGAAGGAAGUUUUCCAGCCAGACAGCGACGGCGAGAAACACUAAACAGGACAGCAUCCAUGAAUCGUACACUUCCAUCAUUAGCCAAUGGCAAGCCAGCCGGAUCAUCCCUUCACCACACAGUACCUCCACCUGUCAAAAAGCCUAACCCUGCUGUCCGUGCCUCUGCUCCUCUUAGCUCUACACAAGUCAUCAAAAGGCCAGUACCUAAACCAAUGGAAUCAUCAGAGGAAGAGGAGAGUGAGGAAGAAGCAGAAGAGGAGAUGAUAACGAAGGCCUCAACAACGAGGAAUGAAUCAACACUUAACCACAUCGAUAAAAUAGAGAAAGCUCAUCAAAACAACAACAAUACAAGGGCUUUACCUAAGCCCUCACCAAAGGCUUCCCCUAAACAAUCACCGAAACCUUCUCCACGCCCCAGAGGGCUGAAGAAAGAUGAUGGAGGAGAAGCAUCAGGGAAGUCUGAGGAAGAGGGAACACCUAAGAAAAAUCCAAGGAGUUUACCGUCAGCUCCCCAGCCACAGCCACGAAAGCCUCCACCCAAGCUGGAAGACGAUGAAGAAGAAGAGGAGUCAGAGGAAGAAGAAUCAGAAGAGGAGGAAGAAGAGGUGAAACCGCUCAAAGUUUUACCACCCACACCAAAGAAAGAGGAAAAGAAAAAGAAAAAAGAAAAGUCAUCAGGAUUUAAUGUGUUUAGACGUAGACCAACUGGUUUGACUGAUUCAGAAGAUGAAGAGGAGGAAGAAGAUGAAGAUGAUGAGGAAGAAGAGGAAGAAGAAGAGGAGAUGGUGAAAAAAGUCGUAAAAACUAAGACACCAAAAGAGGAGGAGAAAAAAGAUGAGAAAAAAGAUGAGAAAAAAGAUAAAAAGAAGGAAAAAGAAGAUAAGAAAAAAGAAAAAGAAGAUAAGAAAAAGGAGAAGGAGGAGAAGAAAAAAGAGAAAGAAGAAGAAAAGAAAAAGGAGAAAGAAAAGAAGAAAGAAAAAGCAAAAGACAAAGACAAGAAAAAGGGUAAAGAUAAGGACGCUGAAGAAGAUGGGGAGGAAGAGGAUGAGUUAGAAGAAACAGAAGGUGCUAAAGCUGAAAAAGAGGAGAAAAAGGAUAAGAAAGACAAAGGAAAGGAUAAAAAAGAAAAGGACAAAAAAGAUAAAGGUAAAGACAAGGAAAAGAAGAAAGGAGAAGAUGAAGAAGAUGAUGAUGAGGAAGAAGAACAAGAAGAAGCCAAAGCCAAGGAUGACAAAAAAGACAAGAAGGAUAAAAAGAAGGAAAAAGAAGACAAAAAGAAAGAAAAAGAGGAGAAGAAAAAAGACAAGGAUAAAGAUAAGAAAAAAGACAAAAAGAAAGGGAAAGACGAAGAGGAAGAUGAUAAAGAAGAUGAAGAAGAAAAGGAAGAAGUAGAGGAUGAGGACAAGAAGAAAGAUAAAAAGGAGAAAGACAAGAAAAAUAAAGAAAAGGAUAAAAAGGAGAAAGAUAAAAAAGGAAAGAAGGGUAAAGAUGAAGAAAAGGAUGAAGACAAAAAAGAGGUACUUUCUCAGAUUUUUAGACUAAAUGCAUAUAUGCUAGUUCAAUAA